AUGUCCUCAAACAGCGUCCCUGUGCAAAUACAUCAGGGUUUUCUAGCCCUCGUGUUGACACCGACACCGGAGGAAGCCCGCCAUAUUCAACGGCUCGUGGGAAAAUUUGAGAGCCACACCAGCGUUCGCGCUAAUUGCAUCUGCUCCGACGGCUCGAAGGAUCAACAAUUGAGGGAUCUCCGUCGCGGCUUCGAAAUCUGCAUAGCGACGCCCGGUCGUAUUCUCACGUUCCUGCAGGAGGGCAAGCUGGACCUAGCGCUGUGUACGUACUUCGUGCUCGACGAAGCGGACCGUAUGGUCGACGUGGGCUUCGAGCAGCAGAUCCUCGCCAUCGCCAGGUACGUCAGGCCAGAUCGGCAGACCCUGAUGUGGAUGUCUAGGAAGCCCAGGGAGCUGUAUCGGCUAGCCGAUGCCCUUCUCGAUGACUACGUUGAGGUCAACGUCGGUGAGUGCCAGACAUCGCCAGACCAGGGCGUCGAGCAGCUGGUCUGCGUCUGUGCCGAGUCGGAGAAAGAGGCGAGAUUGGUGGCGCUCUUAGAGGACAUCCUGAGCCGCCAUGAGGAUGCGGUAGCCAGAAAGGUCAUCGUGUUUGCCGAAACUAGGAAGCGGGUAGACGACCUGGUGUCCAAGCUGCGGCUCCGAGGUUGGCCCGUCGUCGGCAUUCACGCAGGAACGACGGUGGGCGCCCGUGAUUGGGCACUCGCUGCCUUCUGCCGAGGCGGGACAUCCGUGCUGGUGGCGACCGAUGUGGCCGCGCGGGUGCUGCACUCGGACCGCGUGGGCUACGUGGUCAACUACGACUGCCCGAGUAGCGCCGAGGCGUACGCACGCCGCAUCAGCCACGCAUCGCACUCAACGGGCGAGGCGUGUACGGCGUACACGUUUCUGGAGCCGGGAGACAGGCGUUGCGCCAAGGAGAUGAUUGGGAUUUUGCGAGCGGCGAAACGAAAGGUUGACCCCGAGCUCUACGUCAUCGCCAAGAGGGCGAAGCAAUUGCACUGA